UCUCUCCUCACUCUCACUUUUUCAUCAUUGCCACUUUCCAGUAUGCUAACCUACAGGUAGCGCGGGUACCCAACAUUAGUCCUCGCUGGUAGAGAAAGCCAUGCCCCAAAGCACAAAUGUGACCAAGUGACAAAGGGGGCGGAUGGUUAGGAUUCUAGGAAGAGAAAAUACUGAGGGAGCGAGUAACGAAGUCAAUUUGGAGAGGGAGGGAGAAAAAGGAGAGAGGGAGUAUACGAAAAAAGUGUACAUUAUACCGUGCAAGUAACUACACGCGAAGAACACGGGGUAGGCUUGAUAUAAAUCAGAGUCGUAAUUUGCUUUAGGAGGGGAAGAGAAUAAAUCGAAAUCGUAGAGAAGUGUUUCUACAGCUACAAGAAACAUUCUGUCAACGUUGUGUCAUUUAUUUUUCAAAAGAAAAAGCUGAAUUUUUCUCUCUCAGAGCAGCAAUGGCGCCCUCUCUCCUCCAGGCCUAUAGUAGGCGCUGGUGGAUGGCUGUGACGGCGGUGUUGGAGAACCUGCUGUGUUCUGCCGUGCUGCUGGGAUGGGGCUCCCUCCUCCUCAUGCUGAAGGGCGAGGGCUUCUACUCACACCUCUGCUCAGAGAACGACACGAUGGCCCACUUGCUGGUGAUGGGAAACCUGACUUCCUGGGAGAGUGGUAUCUGGGUGAGCUGUGUGGACCAGGAGGAGAUGCUCAAUCUGGGCUUCACCAUCGGCUCCUUCCUCCUCAGCGCUGCCACCCUGCCCCUGGGCAUCCUCAUGGACAAGUACGGCCCGCGCCCACUACGCCUUCUCGGCAGUUUUUGUUUUGGUCUCUCUUGUGCCAUGAUGUCAAUAUCAGCAUACGAUCCUCAUCGGCUCUCUGCUCUCAUCUUUCUGGCACUCUCCUUCAACGGCUUCGGAGGAAUCUGCUUGACCUUCACCUCCCUCACGAUACCCAACAUGUUUGGCAGUCGGACCUCCACCAUCAUGUCUCUGAUGAUUGGCUCCUACGCCUCUUCUGCCGUCACCUUCCCUGGAGUCAAGCUGAUCUAUGAUGCAGGCGUGUCGUUCCGGGUGAUUAUGUGGGUGUGGUCGGGUCUAGCAGGCUUCGUCUUCCUCAACUGUUUCUUCAACUGGCCAGUGGAGGCCUUGCCCACGCCGGACGAGGUCGACUACAUUAAGCAGUUAGCGUCGACUGAUGUGUCUGGAGACCAUAAGGGGGUGGGGGAGAGUUUGAGUCAGAAGAAUGGAGACCUGAAACACUCCACUGAGAAACUCCCAGCCGUAACACCGAACACCAUCCCAUUCCGUAGGUCCGUGUUCUCGCCCAUCUUCCUGUGGAGUUUGGUUACCAUGGGGAUGACCCAGCUCAGGAUCAUUUUCUUUAUGGGUGCCAUGAACAAGAUGCUGGAGUUCCUCGUCACCCACGGCAACCCUUACUCCUCUGUUUUGAACGUCGAGGCAGAGGAGAAAGUGAGUUUCUACUCGUCCAUCUUCGGCUCCCUGCAGCUGCUGUGUCUGGUCACCUGUCCUCUGAUUGGCUACAUUAUGGACUGGAGGAUGAAGGACUGUGUGGACGAGACCAGAAAAGACACAGAGAAGAGACCAGCAGACGGGCUGACGAGAGACAAAAAGAUACAGAAAAUCACUAAUGCCAUGAGAGCCUUCAUCUUCACCAAUCUGCUACUGCUGGUGUUCGGAGUGUGCUGUCUGAUAGACAACCUGCGGCUCCAGAUCCUGACCUUCAUCCUCCACACCAUUGUCAGAGGGUUCAUCCACUCCUGUUGUGGAGGCCUGUAUGCUGCUGUAUACCCCUCUAACCACUUUGGAACUCUGAUUGGGCUGCAGUCGAUGAUCAGUGCUGUGAUCGCCCUGCUGCAGCAACCCCUCUUCAUCGUCAUGGUGGGAUCCCUGCACGGAGAUCCCUACUGGAUCAACCUGGGAAUGAUCCUCUUCUCAUUGGCUGGCUUCUUGUUGCCUGGAUACCUUUUCUACCAUCGCAGACACCUGAUCCAGGAGAAGGCGGCUCAGGACAAGAAUGCCACUGGCCAGGAGAGAGAGGCUCUCAACCACUCAGAGAUCAAUGGCCUCAAACACCAUAGCAAUGGUCACAGCAUCCAGUAAGCGUAGGAAGUGGUUCUGGAGCAAUGCUAAGGAUUUUGGGAACUGUAGGAUUAUUUGUAUCAAUGUUCAUAUUAUCCACCCAAUCACUAACCAAAAUAUCGUCAAGUAAAUGUAAUUUUUUUGAAUUGUUAGCUUUAUUGCUGUUUUUGUUGCCUCAUGGCUUUAUUCAAUCUGUAUCGUGGAAGUUCAACGCUAAAGCCCAAAUGAAAUUUAAAGGCAAUGUUCCCAUGUUGGCGGAGACUGCAUUGACGGUAAACGCUGCGUAUGUCGGCUCAAUCGGAAAUGACCAUGACUUUUCUAGUGCUUCAGCGGUGCAGAUUGACUAGAGCCCUAAACCAUAGAACUUCCAACCAUGAUCCACUAACAUGUCAGGACUUGAAGUCAAAUACUAGUCAAUGGAGUUGCUUGAAUUGGAAUGUCUUGAUAAGUUAUCAGAAUUUUGUUGUUGUUGAUGUAUUUGCUGUGUGGCUAGUCCAAGACUUCUAUGGUACUUGAAAGACCCUUCAGGGGCAUGUUACUCCUUUAAUAUAUUUCUCAAUCCAUGUUGACAAAGAACACACGACACCAAAGAAUGAUAUUCAGAUAUGAAUUGUGCAGCUUGUACUGAAACAAAACAACGAUAGUGUUUCUGUUUCGGUUAAUCAAAUAUGCUGAGUGUCACAGACGAAGGAUGUAUCAAAAUGACAUGUAAGAAAAUGUGAAUAGCAUAGUUAAGGUUGUACUAUGAGGCUUGGGUGAAAUCAGACACCCAGUCAGGAAGAAUGCUACAGUUUGUUAUCCCAAAUAUUAUGCCAUUGCUUUUUGUAUUGCAAUCAUAUUUUUCUUAGCGCAUAAACUAACAUGCAUACAGACACAUACAUGUGCUGGCUCUUGCGCUCACUCGUUCACAGACAGACUGACUGUAGAGACACUAACUACCUCUUCUAUUCCCCAACCGUCUCUCUACAACCAAGACCCAUUUGUGUGCCUGUGUGAGUGUACCGUGUGUGUAGAUUUGUCUUUUCAUUGGUCAAUGUAUCACUCAUUAGCCAUGGAAUAGGUAGAGGUUUUAUUUUUGGUAUGAUAAGUUUUAUUUUUCAAACAAUAUAAACAUAUACAGGCAAAAGACAACGUAGAUUCUAUGCCUAGAUUGUUCAAAGAUUAACGAAGUGGAGUCAAAUUGGUCAUACUCCACUGUACUCGCAUUUCAAGAUUAUGUUUUAAAACAUGAAAACAGUGUGACACUUGACACCCAAAGCUGAGACUGAUUUUGAAAAGUAGACAGAUGCAAUGGUAAUGUAUCCAAUGUGUCAAAUACUUUUACAGCUUUGUGACCAGGAAUUAACUUGUGUGUAAAACAAUAUGCAUGUACUGUCUGUUUGUACCUUUUAUAUGCAGACAUGUUAAAAAGGGGAUUGUUGUUAUUACCCAAUGUUUUCAUUGUAAUGCCAUGAUUAUAACUGCUAUUCUGAUUAUGUAUGCUUUCUGUGUUCUCUACCCGGUUAGUGUAGAGUAUACAAAACAUUAAGAACACUUUCCAUGACGGUGUCCAGGUGAAAGCUAUGUCACCUGUUAAAUCCACUUCAGUCAGUGUAGAUGAAGGGGAGGAGAAGUAAAAUAAGUAUUUUUGUGCCUUGAGACAAAGAUUGUGUGUGCCAUUGAGGGUGAAUGCGCAAGCAAAGAUAUUUAAGUGCCUUUGAACGGGUUAUGGUAAUAGGUGCCAGGCGCACCGGUUUGUGUAAAGAAGGUUAACACUGCAGGGUUUCACGCUCAACAGUUUCCCGUGUGAAUUAAGAAUGGUCCACCACCCAAAGGACAUCCAACCAACUUAACACAAUUGUGGGAAGCAUUGAAGUCAACAACGGGCCAUUAUCCCUGUGGAAUGCUUGCGAAUUGAGCCUGUUCUGAGGACAAAAGGGGGCCGUGCAACUCACUCUAAGGAAGGUGUUCCUAAUGUUUUGUACACUCCAUGUAAGUAGAGCGAAGGUUUUUUUUCUCAUGCAAAUGUGUAAUGGUGUAAUGCUCCACAUAGAGAUGUGUAACAACACUGUCUAAUGUUAAAAGACAGGUUCUCAAUAUAAAUAGUCUUGAGGCUUUUGUAUUAUGCAUCUGUUAAUGUCAAUCAUUACCAUAUAGUGACAAAGGGGGGAUUGAAAUAUGUUGUUUUUGUACCUGCCAUAGAAUUGAAUGUAAAACCACAGCGACAGACAGUACCAAACUUCACCUGGGAAACCAACGCCAUGUCGAGGGUGGCUACAACAUAGAAAAAGAAUGUGUGAGGUUUUCUACUUCUAUGGGCUGCAAAGCCAUGUUUUUUUUUCUUAAGUGUACAGCACUUUUCCUCAGGGGCAUGUAGCUGAAAUCAUAACGAUGAAAUGUAUUGUAUCCCCUCCCCAUCACGCUCUUUCUAUAGCUUUGUUGUGUCAGAAGUGAUAUGCAAUUUUUUUCUGCCAUCUCUCAUCUGGGGACUAAGUCUCAUCAAAUAAAUAAACAAAUAUGUAGGAAACUA